UUCAGUCCUCCUUCAGCAGCUGGACACGGCUCCGGUAACAUCCUGCAACAACCUCACUGAGCCACAGCCUUCAACACGGAGACGAUGGGAUUUUAACCCUGUGUCAACAUGAAGACACACUUCUAGUCUUGUUGGUCAGUGUGUGUCGUUCUCCGUGGAACAAGUUUGCACCUUUGGUCUGGAUGCUGAGAUGCGCAGAAAGUGACAGGGGUCCUCAUCUCUUCUAGUCCUCAACAAGUUAUAAAACGCCAUGAAAGACGACUUUGCAGACGAGGAGGAAGUACAGUCUUUUGGAUACAAGAGGUUCGGGAUCCAGGAAGGCACCCAGUGCACAAAGUGUAAAAAUGAAUGGGCAUUGAAGACCUCCAUAGCGCUUCUCUAUGUGCUGUGUACUCUACUCACCAUCGCUGUUGCUGUACUUGGAUAUAAAGUGGUACAAAGAGUUGACACUGUGUCUGAAGGUAUUGCAAACUAUGGCGGAAAGAUUAAUGCUGUUGAAAAGGACUUGAAAAAGCUUGACGAUCAAACUGGGGAAAAAUCGGACAAUACCACCACAGAGAUCCAGGCUUUUAAGAACAACAUCUGGACUCUCCAAAAGCAGCUGUCUGCGGUGCAGGAACACAUCCACAGUGAUCAAGUUAAGCUGAGUCAGCUGCAAAACAUUGGUUCAGAAAUCCAGGGUAGCCAUGGCUCCAUUCAGGGACUGGUAGACAGCAACACAGCCACCUUACGUUCUGUGAACGGCACCCUGCAGUCCUACAGCAGCCUCAUUGAGGGUCUGCAGGAUGACACGGUAAGACUGCAGAGAGAGGUCCAGCAGCAGGUAAAACUUCAGAACCAGGCCCUGAUUAGCAUCAGCAGUCUAAACAUGACCCAGGCCCAGCAGAGGGGGCUCAUCGCUGCCCUGCAGCGCUCAGUGGAUGACACCAGCCAGGCUAUCCAGAAAAUGCGCAAUGACUUUCAGAGCCUUGAGCAGCUAGCGUUACAAGCAACCUCAGAUGCCCAGUGGCUUCGAAGCAAGGUGGAGAACCUGCAAGUCUUGGCCAGUAAUGUUUCAGUUCUAGCAAAAGCUAACAAUGACAGCCUGGAGGAGGUGGGAUCACAACUGGCAUUUAUGACCAGCCAGCUCCAGAACACCAGCACUCUGACAGAUGCCCACGACCAGACCCUGAGGGAGCUCAUGGACCAGCAGAGAGACUUUGGCAACUUCACAUCCACUAAGUUUGACCGACUGGAGGUGCGGCUGGAUGAGUCAGAGCAGAGUAUAGAUCGUGUGACUGGCAACAUCAGCUUCACUACGCAACUGCUUGGCGCCAUUAACCUCAACCUGAACGAGCUGCGCACAUGUUCGGAGACAGUCGGCCAUCACUCAGACUUCCUGUUAAACCUCAACCACACUAUGACAGAUAUGAGGACAGACGGAGCCAGUCUGAGGGCCCAGCAGGAAGAUCUGGCAGCACGACUGGACAAAGAGGUCACCAAUCUGUCUUAUGUUAUGGAGGAGAUGAAGUUGGUGGACACCAAGCACUCACAACUAAUAACCAACUUCACCAUUUUACAAGGUCCCCCUGGUCCCAGAGGGCCAAGAGGGGACAAAGGAACCCAGGGACCACCUGGUCAGACUGGUUCAAAGGGAGAGAAAGGAGAAAAGGGUUCAGCUGGCAUAAGGGGACCCAGAGGGGAGCAGGGAAUUCCAGGACCACCAGGUCUGCCUGGGUUGAAGGGUCUUCCAGGUGUACCCGGCAGCCCUGGGUCCAAGGGCUCUCGAGGAUCGGGAGGCAGACAAGGACCACCCGGAUCUAAAGGUGAACCAGGUACUGCGGGUCUUCCUGGAAGAGACGGACAGCCUGGUCCUCAGGGGGCACAAGGUCCUCCGGGUAUACGGGGCCCUAUGGGGCCUGCUGGUGAGCAGGGACCAAGGGGAUUACCGGGACCUGUGGGACCUCCAGGACCAGUGGGAUCGCCGGGACAACCAGGACUCCCAUUCCGAGGUCCAGUAAUUCCUCUGGGUCCUGUGUCUCUGCAGGAUGAGGCAGUAGCUCCAACACUAUGGGCUCCAGGAUGUCCUUUUGAGUGGUUAAACUACAGAAACAAGUGCUACUACUUCUCCAAAGACCUGCACAGUUUUGAUGACGCAAAAGCAACCUGUGAAUCAAAGUCAGCUUCAUUAUUGAUCAUCAAUGAUAUGGAUGAACAGAAAUGGCUGAAGAAGCAGACGUUUGGGAAAGGCUACUUCUGGAUGGGUCUGACCGACAAGGAGGAGGAGGAUGUGUGGCGCUGGUUGGACGGGACUGAACCUGCUUUCACAAAGUGGAAGCCUGGUCAACCUGACAACUGGGGCCACGGCCAUGAGAUGGGAGAGGACUGUGCAGGUCUCAUCCACGAAGGAUUAUGGAAUGAUUUCUUCUGUGAAGAUCUCAUAAGCUACAUCUGUGAGAAGGAAAUGGAGACCACGAGUUCUCCUGGAUCGUAGCAGAGUCUUGAGGGGAGUUUGCAGUGAGCAGCUAGACUCCCCCCCACCCCCCCACCCUUCCCCAUGUGGCACCGGUCCACGGACAGCACACGGACAGUCCGUACGGAGAGCGCAGAGGGACAAUCUUGAAACAAACCCAGGGCAGCAAACAUCUCUCUGAUGAUGAUGAUGAUGAUGAUGAUGAUGCCUUUAUCCUCCAAAGUGAACGAUGUCCACCAGCAAGUGCAAUACCAAAGGGCAGUUAAAGCAACGGGAGAAUCUGUGUCUUGGUAGUUGAUUUUUAUGAAUAUUUUUACGGUUUUAAGUACAUUUUAUAUAACUGUAUUCCACAUGCAACUGAAUAUCUGAAUGUAUAUUUCAUUAUGCAAGUUUUAUAGGAAAAUCUAAACUUCAUGAAGCCAAGUGGACUCACCGUAGUGGUUUUCAUUAUAUGUUAAUUGUCUCAAAAUAAGAAGAAAAUGUGCAAAAUGAUGCGUAAAAACCAUGUCGCUGAUAUGCUACUAUAUUGGAGGAAACUGGUAUCUAACCUCAUGAAUGUCUAUAUAGCAUUGUCUUUUAUAUGAAACAAAUGAAGUAUUUUCACAAAAAUGACAGUUUUACAGUUUAAUAAUCCACAUAUGGCAUUUUGUGAUUAUGGGAUUCAUUAAUAGAGAUGUAUGUUUAUGAAUAAGAAUCUGUUGAUCCUACCUAGAAGUAUCAAUUGUGCCAUUUUUUUUUUUUUUUGCACUCAGGUAAAUACUGUUUCCUGUUUAAACAAAACACUUGAGAGUUAAGAAACACUACAACGGCAACAUGAAGGAAACAUUCACCAAUAAA